GAGCCGGCGGCCGACCAUGGCGCAAGCAUGCCGCGAGCCUCGCGACGCAGGAGGAGCCGGCCCGCAGUGACCACUUCCACCGCCACAGUCACCACACCUGCCGACGCCGCCAUGACGUUCGCCACGGGAGGAAGCGAGGGCGCGGGCACGGCGGUGCUGCCUCCCGCGCCGCCCUUCUCCGCGGCCUGGGGCGACUACUCGCCCCCGGACUCGUUCCUCGGCGCCUUCCGCGCGCAGCCACAGGUGCCGGUGGUGCGCGCCUCCAGCGUCGACGGCGCCGCGGCGCCGCCGCAGCAGCAGCAGCAGGUCUUCCGCAGCAAGAGCGCCGACAGCAUCGCGGGCGGCGUCGUCACGUGCGAGCUGUCGGUCGCCGGGCCGCCCCCGCUGGCGCGCUGCGACGCGGCCUCCACCUCCACCUCCGCCCCCGCCACCGCGCCCUUCGGCGCCCAGGCGCGGAGCCCUUCCUCCGAGUCCGGCAGCGCCGGCACUGUCGGGGAACCGUCUCCGUCCACGUCGACGGCCGCUGCGGAUGGCGCCGGCGGAGGCGGGCGGGGGCGGACGGAGGGUGACGCCGGCGGCGACGGUGACGACGAGGACAGGCUGGUGCUCGUCCCUGCAGACCCCGGCGAGUGGAGCGGCGAGCACGUGUCGGCGUGGCUGCGCUGGUGCACGCGCCAGUUCCGGCUGCGGCCGGCGCCCGACCCGGCGCGCUUCCCCGGCACGGGGCCCGAACUGUGGGCGCUGCGGCGCGACGAGUGGGCGACGCUGGCGGGCAGCGGGCGAGCAGGCAGGCUCCUCGCCGUGCACCUGGCGCACCUGCGCCUCGCCGCCACCGGCGCGCCCUCCAGCCCGCUCACCGAACCGCGCCACGACUCCGACACCGAGGCCGACGCCGCCGACGACCACGGCUCGGCGGCGGACCCGUACCAGGUGCUGAACGCGGCGGGGUCGCGGCUUCUGGCGCAGGGCUCCGGCCAGAUCCAGCUGUGGCAGUUCCUGCUGGAGCUGCUCGCCGACUCCAGCAACGCCGCCUGCAUCGCCUGGGAGGGCAGCAACGGCGAGUUCAAGCUCACCGACCCCGACGAGGUGGCGCGCCGCUGGGGCGAGCGCAAGAGCAAACCCAACAUGAACUACGACAAGCUCAGCCGCGCGCUCAGGUACUACUACGACAAGAAUAUAAUGACAAAGGUGCACGGCAAACGGUACGCGUACAAGUUUGACUUCCACGGACUGAUGGCAGCAUGUCAGGCGCAAGCACAGGCCCAGGCAGCAGCAGCAUCUGGCGGAAGUGCGAGUGGCAGUUCAGGUGCGUCAGAUGGACUUUACAAGUACCAAGCACAUCACAGUGAGCUGGGGCCUGCACUGUACCCAGCGUCCGCACUAGCCGACUCCGCCGCGGCUGCAGCUAAGCUGCUGCCGAGCACUACCGGCGUCACUGUCCCACCUCCGGGCACGGUCUCACCCUUCUGGACAUCAGCGGCAGCGGCUGCUGCUGCAGCUUCCGGACUACAGUCAGUGUACUCGGUGGCACCUGUCAGGUACCCGUACACCCCUGGUCCGGGGAGUGGCAGCAACUAGCCGGCGGCUCUGUGGCCGGCGUGCCUGACAGCACGAGUGGCCCCGACCCCGACCUGCACGUCCCACCGUCUGUGGCCCGAUCGAGACGGCACUCACGUCGGCAUUUCGGUCGAGCAGCCGAGUCCCUGGAGAACUCUGCUGUCCCGUCCACAUUACUUGUUCUCGUAGUGACUGCAGAGUUUGUUAUUUAUCUCCACUGCAACUACUUACAAAUCAUUUGUGUGCAAAGGAGAAAGGAGGCAACCUGUACUUACAAGUGAAGAGACACUCUUAUUGCCAACCAAUCUUACACACAAAAUUUUUUACUGCAGUGGUAUGGACACAGUACUCUUCACAGAGCCAGCAGUAUAUGAGUUUAAGACAUGUGACACAGUAAACACUAUUGUGACUUUCAUAAUUAAUUUAGUUUACAGUGUAGAAAAAUGUUAAUUUUAUUUGUACAAUAUAUUGUUAAAGAAAGAAACCAGUAAAAUUUAAAAAUUCCUGUUUACGUCAUAAUAUAAAAGAAGACAUAGGAGUGUGAGCACAAUUUUCAUCAUUACAUAUGAAGACUGUGUCCUUUAUCCCAUACAAAUUCUACUUUUCCAGUCUUCUAUCCCAUACAAAUUCUAAUUUUCAGUCUUCCUCUCUUUUACUCUGGUAAUAUUAGCAAAAGUUUAUGUAUUUUGUGAAACAAUGACUCAUUUCAUUCAUUCUCUCCAGGUAGCAAGUUAGAGAAAAAUUCUAAAACUAACUCCCAGUUUUAUACUGAACAAACUCAUACUUCUUAUGAUACAAAAUAAUUGUUUAAGGUGAAUGUAAAUGUAUUUUCAAAUAGUAUUUGUACAUCUGAAGAAGACGAAACUUAAGCUGAAGCAGUAUGCGCCACAAUUUUCAUACAAAAUUCUGUUGGGUGUUUACAAGAAAGUGAUGUAUUUGUGAAAUGUUAUAGUUCCUCUGGAACAUUCAACAAUAAACAAAAUUUACAGCUGAUCAUCACUUAAUAAAACAUACAUAAAUGUAGAAAAAGUUUUACUAGAAAUGUGCAAGCCUUAUCACUUCGUUUUACCAUUAAAAAAAAAAAUUUUUUUUUGUUUACAUACCAACACUUAUCUUACCUUGAGGAAGAAGUGUUGCUUUGUUUUGUCUUUCACCAUUAUAAGUUGGAUUCUCAAACUGUACUUACAUUAUCCUUUACUUAGUAGAGAAACCAGUAUGAAAUUGUCUCUUAUUUUAAUGUGUCUGAACUGACACUUGCUGGCAACAUAUUUAAUUUGUUAAUACAUCUAUUAUGAUGGAAUGCUUCCAAAUAUUCAUUCUUAUGACUUUGUAAUUUCAGUAUUCACAUUUGCAAGAUCCUCAUUCUAGCAUUGUCCCCACACUCAACAGCAUAGUUGAUGUACUUCAGAAUGUUCUUUACUAUAAAUAUUUCCAUUCCAGGAUUUCCAAUAUUUUAGUUUUAACACACAGAUCCACCUGCAUUCCAACAUAUACCCCCAAUAGCAAUAAUUCAAAUCAAAUUAUCAUUGUAUAUUGUUCCCCCAGUCGCACGCACCAUUUGCAUUUUUUUUAAAAUUUUUUUUUGCAAUGAAUGAUUUUAAUUACUAUAAUUACCAAAGUCUCUCUUUUCCACCUUAUAUCUGUUUCAUUACUACAAAUGCAACAUAUACACUUGUUAAAAACACAUGGGAUUCUGAUUGCUGAUCAUUACACACUGUAUGCUCUUGUGUAAAACAACUAUUCUGAACUUCAGUUCUAUGCAUUUCAACCAUCAUUCUUUCCAUAAUUUAAAAGACCAAUCAAUAUUAAGUUUUACAUAAAUAAGGGACAAUUUCCACUUUUUUUAUUUUCUAUAUAGUCACUGGCUGUGACACAGUUUUUGAGAUAGUACCUGCUCUGAAUAUUUGAACAGAAUUAGUUCAUAUGUGAUUCUUUGACUGUUUCAUAGCAUCUUUCCUACUAGGAAUUUUCCAUUGAAUAAUGUUAAUGGAAAUGACAUUAAUGAUUUUGAAUUGUUGUCUUGUGUUCUCUUCCUUCAAUUAUGCUACACCAUUGUUUAAUGCUUUUACCUCCCUUUCCUGGAGUAUGGAGUCAGGAUAUUUCAUGAAUAUACCCCUAAUAUUUUUUCAGUGCAACACAGUUGUAAAUUUGUAGCUCUACGGAAGACAAUUCAUAACAAGAAAUGUCCUAGAUCAGUUUCUGAGAGAAAGAGAGAGAGAGAGAGAGAGAGAGAGAGAGAGAGAGAGAGAGAGAGAGGGGUCUGUAGAAACUCACUGUAAGAAAAUAGAUCUGCAAGUGUCUUUUUCUCAACAUUGGCGCCACUUCCAACAGUGUAUCCAGUUGUCUGAGACAUCAAUGACAGCCUGUGACCACUGAAUAAUAUAGAUUUCAGCCUUACAUAGUAAUUAAUAGAAAAUUAUUUAAAGCAAGAAUCAAAAUAGUAUGACAUAUAACCAAAUAUAGAACAUGUUGUCAAAACUUUUAACUCUGAUGAAACUGCUACCUAUGUUUAUGUUCCUGUCUUGUAAAUAUGUGUACGUAAGUGUGAGGUUAUGUAAAUAAAUGUUGUGCUGUAUGAAAAUAGUUCACACUGACUAAAAAUUUUAUUAAAAAUAGAUAAAACCUUUAUUUUUGUGUAUACAGAAAACCACAACUUCAUGCCAUCUUGAAAAUGCUUACAAACUGAAAAUUAUCUUUCAUAACAUUGGUAAAUUCUUAUCUGGAGAUAUCUAAACAUGCUAUCUGCUUUUAAAUUGUACUUAGGUUUUUAUGCUACAGAACAAAUAUCACAAUAGUUUUCUACAAAAAAUAACAAUAA